AUGAAUUGCCCGAGAACUUCAACUGAAUACAGUUCAUCUGUAUACACUGGAAAUGAAAGACAAGCUUCGCCUGAUCGCCCUGGCACGCCCAGUUCGUUCGAAUACAACCUGACAUUACAGGGUGGACGUAGCUCAGCUACAGAGAUGCUACCCUCCAAUAUCCAACAAACGAAAAAAGAGCGUCUUACCGAGUCGAAGGAAUACCUGAGGGCGGUCUUCGAUGCAUCCUCCCUCCGGGCCGAAAAUACAUGGCUUCAUCGGAUUAGAAAGUCAGCUAUCACCCUCCAGGAAGGAACCGUUGAUCCAACGGUGGAGUGCCUUGCUCAAGGUACAGCCCAGAUUCAUGGAGCACUUACACAGUUCUAUAUCGCCUUUUUUGCUGUUGAACAAACCCUCCGCCUUCUAAAUGAGCCCGCCGUGGCUGACGUUGAAGCCACUUUACGAGAACUUACGUCCGCAUUCGAAGCAUAUCGUGAGGGACUGGAAAAGGUUCGCCGUGCGGGGACUGAUUUGGAAAACGGUCAAAUGUUAUUCUCCAAUCAGCUAUUUCACACGAACCAGAGCUUUGAACAAUUUUUUAAGAUUGACGAUGAUGAGAUGUCACAACUACUACUGUGA